AUGACUGCCCACGGAGGUGAAACAUUCGUCGUGCUUCCGCCGUGCACGGAAUCCAACCGGAAGCAGAUUAUAUUUGGACGCAAUGGAGCUGCCGCCGAACAGGUGUCGGAAAUCCUCUAUUUACCGGCAGCGGAAGGAAGCGGAACGGUCACACUUCCGAACGGCUGUGACAUCGAAGCACUGUCCACCGUAGCAGUGAUGCUUAACAAGCCAGCCGACAGCUGGGGAGCGGAGAGCGGUUCCAAUGAGAAAGCCGUCACCAUCGGUUUGUCCUACUACGAGGGGUCGCCUCAGGAAGGUAAAGUUUCCGCACUGGAUUUGGUUCGUUUGGGCUUGGAACGUAGCGACAGUGCGGUCGAUGCGAUAGAUAAGCUUGUGGCCCUCGUAGAGCAACACGGAUCCGAGGAUCGUAACUCGGAAAAGGCCGCCUUUGUUAUAUGUGAUUCUGCAGCAGUUUGGUUGCUAAAUGUUGCCGGUCGAUAUUGGGUAGCGAAGCAAAUCAAGGACAGUAGCAUAGCGCUGGCUUCGUCGGGUUUUACGAUCGGAUCCGAUUUCGAUCGCAGCACGGAAGAGUUGGCUGCAAAAGCGCAAGAAACGGGUGCUUGGGACGGUACAGGAGAGCUUAGUUUUUGUGAAGCUUUCGGAGGUAGUGCGGCUUCUGCCGCGAUUCGAGCCUGGCCGGCGAACGAACCAGGUGUAGAGGGUGCGUUCGGGUUGCGCCAAAUGUUCGAAUGUCUCCGUGCUGUCGGCACUCCGACCGGUUCGAGUCAGGUGUCUGUUCUGAGUGGUGAAGGUGAAUUGGCCUGCCACUGGUUCACGGCGACUCCGCAAGUGGAGGAAUCGGUGUUUAAACCAUUCCUUUUUACGGCCGGGGCUAAGAUUUCGCCCCUUACCCGGGUGCCGGACGGAGAAACACAAACGCUUCUCCAUAGACUGCAUAGUAACCGCAAAUGGGAAGCGGUAGGCAGCUUGCUAAGCUCGCUAGAGGCUACGUGCAUGGAUGAGGUUAAUCGCUUUCUGAGCGAACACUCUGGGGAAGCGAGCCAGGAGCUGGACGAGCUUAUGAAAGACUGCGUGGAAGCGGAAGUGAAGUUCUAUCGCUAGGCCUCAGGAACUUGCUCCAUAGCGUCCGCACAAAAUGGCUACAAGAUUUCGAAAUGUUCCACUGGUGAAAGAGGGGGGGAAGCAAUUUUACCGAAUAAGUUGCGGAAGUAAUUUCCUCACGUUCGUUAAAUUCAACAAUCCUCAUGACGCCUAGUGGGACGGUGGCAGAACGGGAAAUACUACCUUAGGACUGCUGCACUGCUGCGAUAUACUAACACUUUACUCUAGGAAGACGAUGUCGUCCUUUCCAAUUGAUAUGGAAAGGAAAGGGCGGAUUAAGCUUUUACAUCAUGUGAUUAUAUUCCCUGUGUGCGCGUGUGUUGAUUUUUUUGUAGUUUGGUAGAUUGUUUUUGCGCGCUUGUUUCUAUUAUAUUUUUGUUACAAAUCUCUCAACUUUUUUUCCAAUAGGAUCUCAAAAUGCGAUUGCAGUUCACUACAAUCGAUACUCUCUAUUUUUACGUCAUUGUUUUGCGGUUCAACCAUAGUGUAUUAACACUGCUAGAACUCGAAAAGUUAAUAGCUUUUGUGCAUCUUUAACUUUUAUUAGUACAGGAUGUUAGAGCUUCUGAACGAUUGAGUUAAAUAUCGUUUAGAAUGUGAAAAAAAAAAAACAACACAAGAAAGCUGAAAGCCAGACCAAUGUUUGUUUCAAAUGCGAGGUAUCGAUAUUUUCUUGAAACGUAUUCUCUUUACAUUCUAUAAUGUCCGAAGGCGUAAGAUAUAUUCGUAAAUAAGCUUAAAGUUUAUUAUUUGCGUUGUUUUCCUUGUAUGUUAAAUCAUCCUUUAAGGAGUUCGUUUUUAAAGCGCAUCAGAUGAGAUAAAAUAAUAUUUAACGCAUGGCUUUUUCCAAAAAAUAUGUAUACAUUCCAGUAUAAGUUUAGGAGUUCCAGGCUCCCUUAAUAUGAUUAGCAUAUGAUUUCAACGGAUUCAAACCAAUAGACUGCAGAAUUUCAUUGCCGUAGUGAUGUCAGAGUAUUCCGCCAGAAAACAAUAAACUCUCUGUUUCGCUGUCUCUUUCUCUCGCUAAGUACUCGAACAGAAAGCAUAGUUAUUCGCAUACUACUAUUCAUAAACUCGUAACUUAAAACAAAAAAUGCAUUGCUUAGCAGAGUAAUAAAAAUGCGAAGCUUCCCUGAAAGCAUACGACAAUUUAACCGGACUGUUGAGAGAGCAAAGCAGCAGAAGAAAAGCAGAGCCAUGUGCAUAAGCACAUUAGAGACAUACAGCAAUUCAAAUAGCGAUUCGCAACCGUUAAUUUGCUUCCUUGCAACGUUCAAACACGGAGCAAGAAAGCCGAACAACACAUACCCCCCACAUACAUUUAUCAUCAAUACUCAAAGCUGACUACGGUGGCUGAUGCGCUGAAAUUGUGAUCGUGUGAAACAACAACAAGAUCGUCUUCGUAAUGAACCAAAUAAUAAUAAACAAAGUAUGUUUAUCA